GGAACACAUAAAAGGAAAUUGCAUGUGCCCGUCCUGUGUUUUUAUUUCAUUAUUUUCCAUAAGGUCCAUGAAUGCAAAAUGGAGCUCUUUCUCCUAAGUUGCUUGCUGGUUUCUUGCUGUUGCCAAGUUGGGGCGGUGAACCGGGAGUAUUAUAUUGGCAUUACAGAGACUGUCUGGAACUAUGCACCUGGCAAUGCCAAUGUCAUCUCUGGGCAGCUUUUUGCAGAGGAAAAGCAGGCUGAAGUCUUUCUCAAAAGAGGACCACACAGGAUAGGAAGCACUUACAAGAAGGCUACCUACAUUCAGUAUACCGAUCACUUAUAUGAUGUGAUAGUUGACAAACCUUCCUGGCUGGGUUUUUUAGGUCCUAUAAUUAAGGGAGAAGUUGGAGAUUCCAUUACUAUUCACUUGAAAAACUUUGCUUCCAGAAACUACACGCUGCAUCCACAUGGUGUAAGAUACACAAAAGAAAAUGAAGGUGCUUUUUAUCCUGACACCACUAAGGAUUUGCAAAAGCGAGAUGAUGCUGUGGAGCCUGGAGGCCAGUACACUUACACAUGGGAUGUGACAGAAGAUCAAGGUCCAGCUGAAGCAGAUGCAGACUGCAUAACCAGAGCUUACCACUCCCACAUAGAUGCUCCAAGAGAUGUUGCCUCAGGGCUUGUUGGUCCUUUAAUAAUUUGCAGGAAAGACACAAUGAAUAUGGAUAGUGAUCAACACUUUGAUGCUGAAUUCAUCCUUAUGUUUUCUGUGGUGGAUGAAAAUCUCAGUUGGUAUCUAGAGGACAAUAUCAGAACAUACUGUUUUGAGCCGUCCAAAGUGGACAAAGAGGAUGAGGACUUCCAGGAAAGCAAUAAAAUGCACUCAAUCAAUGGAUACAUGUAUGGAUACCUCCCAAACCUCACAAUGUGUGUGGAAGAUAAGAUAAAAUGGCAUCUUUUCGGCAUGGGUAAUGAAGCAGAUAUCCAUUCAGCCUACUUUCAUGGACAGACCUUAAUAGAAAAGCAUCAUCGAGUUGACACCAUCAGCCUCUUCCCAGCCACAUUCAUUGACGCUGUCAUGAUACCAAGAAGCCCUGGGGAAUGGCUGCUCAGCUGCCAAGUGAAUGACCACAUUGAAGGUGGUAUGCAGGCCCUUUUUAAAGUAGAAGAUUGUAAGAAAGCCACGCCAGGUCACAAGGAGAGUACAAAGAUAAGACAGUACUUCAUUGCUGCUGAAGAGGUCAUCUGGAAUUAUGGCCCAUCUGCAGUGAACCAUUUUACAGGACAAGAAUUAAUCACUGACAGUGAAUCUCACAUCUUUUUUGAACGAAGUGAGACAAGAAUUGGUGGUUCCUACAAAAAAGCAAUUUACAAAGAAUACACAGAUAGUUCUUUCACUGAACAUAAAAGACGACUUGCAGAGGAAGAACAUCUUGGACUCCUAGGACCUGUGAUCAGGGCUGAAGUGGGUGAGCGCCUCAGGGUGACCUUCCGGAACAACGCCGGCCGCCCGUUCAGCAUCCAGCCCCACGGUGUGAGCUACCACAGGAGCGAGGCCGGGGCGCGCUACGGCACCGGCCCCAGAGGUACCGAAUCUCCAGCCUCUCACGUGAGUCCCGGCGCCACAUUUACGUAUGAAUGGGAUGUGCCAGAAGAUGUGGGUCCCACAGAGCAAGACCCAGACUGUUUAACCUGGCUUUAUUACUCAGCUGUGGAUGCAGUCAGAGACACUAGUUCUGGCCUUGUGGGUCCUCUCCUAGUGUGCAGGAAAGGAACUCUGCUUUCUUCUGGGAAACAGAAAAAUGUGAACAUGGAGUUUUUUCUACUUGCCACAGUAUUUGAUGAGAAUCUGAGCUGGUAUUUGCAUGAUAAUAUUUUGAUGUUUACACUAAGUUCUGAUAAAGUUGACAAAGAUGAUGAAGACUUCCAAGAGUCUAACAAAAUGCACUCGAUUAAUGGCUAUAUGUACGGAAAUCAGCCUGGUCUUGAGAUGUGUAAAGAAAGUGUUGUUUCCUGGCAUUUGAUGGGUUUGGGUUCAGAAGUUGAUGUCCAUGGGAUAUACUUCUCAGAAAACACAUUUGUAACUAAAGGAACAAGAAGAGAUACAGCAAAUUUGUUUCCACAUACAUUUCUUACAGCUAUUAUGAAGCCUGAUUCUGAAGGAGUUUUUGAGGUGUCCUGCCUGACGACAGACCACUACACUGGGGGCAUGAAACAGAACUACAAAGUGAAAAAAUGCCACUUGUGGAAUGCAGAUUUAUCUAUGUAUUUGCAUGACAAGAUUUACUACAUUGCUGCAGUGGAAGUUGAAUGGGACUAUUCUCCUAACAGGACAUGGGAAUUUGAGAGGCACCAACACCAUGAGGAAAGCCCUGGCAACCCAUUCUUAAAUAAAGAUGACAAAUUCAUUGGCUCGAAGUACAAAAAGGUAGUAUAUCGCGAGUACACCGAUCAGACAUUCAGUACUCUCAAAAACAGAACAAAGCAGCAGCAGCACCUGGAAAUUCAAGGUCCCCUGCUUGUGUCAAAUACUGGAGAUAAAAUUAUAAUAGUUUUUAAGAACUUAGCAUCAAGACCUUAUUCUAUCCAUGCCCAUGGAGUGAAAACAGACAGUUCUGUUGUUGCUGUAACUAACCCAGGUGAAACAAAGAGAUAUGUUUGGAAAAUUCCAGAGAGGUCUAGUCCUGAAAGAGGAGAUUCACGCUGUAUUGCAUGGGCAUAUCAUUCAACAGUGGACAUUGUUAAGGACACUUACAGUGGAUUAAUAGGCACACUCGUUGUGUGUCACAGACAUCACCUGCCAUCACUUCACACUAAAAAGAAAGUUCAAUUUGCUCUUCUCUUUAUGGUUUUUGAUGAAAACGAGUCAUGGUACUUGGAUGAAAACAUUAAAAUGUAUUCUACCAACCCACACCUUGUCGACAAAGAGGAUGAGGAAUUCCUUGAAAGUAAUAAAAUGCACGCCAUUAAUGGAAAGGUGUUUGGAAAUUUGCAUGGCCUGACUAUGCACGUUGGAGAUAAUGUCAGCUGGUAUCUGAUGGGAAUGGGCAAUGAAGUAGACAUUCACACAGUACAUUUCCAUGGCCACAGCUUUAACUUCAAGCAAACAGGGGUUCACCGGGCAGAUGUCUUUGAUCUGUUCCCUGGGACAUCUCAAAGUGUGGAAAUGACCCCACAGAACCCUGGAACCUGGCUGUUACACUGUCACGUUACUGACCACAUCCACGCAGGCAUGGAAGCGACCUACACUGUGCUCCCAAGGACAGUCUCUGUUCCCAAGAUGAUUCAAUCAGUUCAAGUGUAAAGCCAAGCCAGGCACGCAAGAAGGAUGACAGCAUUUUAACACAUUUACCUUCAUUUCUUGGAAAAUAUUCUCUUCUGGACUACUCCUCUCUACACGUUUUGGAAGAUUUCACAUAGUGGCCAUGGCUAUGAAAAGAACCACUAAGACAGCUGAAUGGAAGUAACAGCUUAUAAAUAUAUGUUUCUAUAAAUGAAAAUAGUAUCUUGCAAGCAAAACAUAUUCUAGGUGAAGACUAGUGCAUGUUACUUAGCAGCUGAGGAACAUGGAAGAGCUAAAGAAAUGUACUUUAAAAAAAAAAUCGCAAAUAACCCUGAGUAACAGCAAAAUUUGGGGUAUUGCUAAUCAUACCGUGACAUUUUACUAGAUGGGUAUGUCUGUAGUAACUGCUUAGGAAACAGGAAUUUGGUUAUCACUUCAUCAGUAAGUUCACAUUGAAAAGAUAUAUAGUAACGUACGACUGAGCAGUUAACAAAAUAGUUCUACUAUUUCUGUUGAAUUACUUUACAAUUUUAUUCAGUAGUAUCUUUCAAGAAUGUGCAUUUAAAAGAUUUGGCUUUCUGUUUAUGAAAAUAAUUCCAAGGAAAAAUUAGGUUGAAAUAAGCCUGAUGAAAUGCAGACAGUGAAAGCCAAAAUUUGGUGAUUAUGGUACUGAAGAGCUUUGUUCUGACGACUCUUAAGUAACCCCUGUAGUGGAAUCAUUUUGUUGUUGCAGGCCUUGGCAAAGGGAAAAGGAAGUGUUUCUUGCCAGAUGGAAGCAGCGGUAUUAGAGCAUAGCUGAUGCUAGUCAAAAAUUAAAUCAGUAGGAGUGAUACAGUUGUGUUUUCAACCCAACUCAUGUUAGAUCUGCGCCAAAUGAGAAGGAAAGAUGUAUGGGACAGGCAGGGAAAGCAAGCUAUCUGGCCUUUAUACCGGUAAAAAUAAAAUUGCUUCUCUGUUACAAGCCUGAAUUGCUUUGGUCUUUUUGAAAGACUUUUUUACACUGAAACUGGCAUAAUACCUACCAGUAAAUUAGAUCAUUCAUUUUACCUGUAGCAGGAAUGCUAUGUAAGUAAAUUAAACUACUUUUGAUUUAUCCUUUUUGUUGUUGUUGUUUGUUAAUGUAUUUUAGCUGAAAUACAGGUGAUCUCUUUUGACUGACUUCUAU